GUCUUAGUAACUGAAAAUCCGAUAUUGCAUUUAUUUUUCAGUUUUACCAAACUUUAUAAAGAGACCUAUUAACUAAAGCAUCGAGCAUGCCGACAAACACCGACCCAAGCUUCAACUGGCAGUCGAUUUAUUUGGCCUAUGCCAUCGUGAUGUUCCUGAUCUUGCUGGUUGGUUUCUUUGGCAACCUGUUCACCAUUAUAGUCUUACGGCAGCGCGAGCAUCGAAGUAAAUCCAUCACCCCACUGAUGAUGAAUAUCGCCAUAGCAGAUCUGUUGAUCAUCGUAUUUGGUUACCCGGUGAUGAUCAGUACGAACCUGAAUGGUAAACUGAUGUAUACAGGAAGCCAUUAUUGCAACUGGUCCGGGUUUAUAAAUGGCAUGACCGGCCUGACCUCUAUUGCUUCCUUGACAGCAAUGAGCGGCGUCGUGUAUCAAAUAGUCAAAAGAAAUACCCCGAAUUCUCACGCAUCCAGCAGGCAAUCCAUAAUUCUCAUUGUGGGUUCAUGGUUUUUUGGAUUUAUAACUGUGCUUCCUCCCUUGGUGGGGUGGAACCGGUUUGUGCCAGGUAAAGCCGGUUUUAGCUGUGCACCUGAUUGGACAGCUACUGAUAACGCCAGCCUCAUCUAUACUGUUUUGUUAGUCACUCUGGGAUUCUUUGUCCCUCUGAUGUUCAUAGCGAUGUUUCAUAUCUUGACUUACAGAUUACUCAAACGUCCACCGGUGGCAGGAGAUCCCUUCAUCCAAGCUCGACGCAGAAGAUACAAACAGAAAAUGGCGUUUAUGACCACAGCAACUAUCUCAGCUUUUCUGCUGAGUUGGUCCCCAUACUGCUUUGUCAGCUUCUCGGCAACCAUCACAGGACGUAAUUUGCUCACACCCGGGGAGGCAGAGAUUCCUGAGCUAAUGGCCAAAGCCUCUGUUGUUUAUAACCCCAUUGUUUAUAUGAUUAUGAAUGAACGGUUUCGACGGAAACUCUGGGUCAUUUUGUCUGGAAAUGGGGGGCAUGUGGUACCUGGCUCUUCAAGAAACAGGACGGACAAUCUUGCGCAGUCAAGGAUUGAGAUCUCGACGAAUAUGUAAAUAAAAUAUCAUAGGCCACAUAGCGAGUGCUGAAGAAAUGGCAGGGAUCGAGUGGGCACGGCCGCCGUGCGAGAGCGAGAGGAAGCACUCCCUUGGGUACAGUACAGACGCAAGGAAAACUUUGGUCUCCUAUUUCCGCGUACCUACCGCUUCAAGUCGCUCCCUAUUACUGAAGCAUAUCGAAAACAUUCGUCUGUGGGAGCGAAAUGUUCUUGAAGUAAUAUAUCAAACACGAAAGACCGUGUUUGACCACAUUUCCAAACACCGGGAAGAGAGUUGAAAAUA